CGCGCUUCCCGGCGGCGGGAGCUUCUUCUUCUCUCGGGGGCCACCCGCGGGGGAGAGAGAGUAAGCGGCGAAGAGGCUGCGGGCGGUGGGGCCGGCCGCCAGGAUGUCAGGUGGGGACUCGGCGGCGGCGGCGGCCACCGCCUCCCCGCAGCCGCUGCCCUUCUCCCUGCCCAAGCCGCCGCCGCUGAUGCAGCUGACGCCGGGGGACGCCGUCCGGCCCGUCAGCGCCGCCGCCGCCGCCGCCGACCAAUCACCGAAGAGCAGCCGGCUGACGGGCCGCCCUGAUUGGCCGGCGGGGAAGCCAGUCAGCCUGCUGGCCCCUUUGCUCCCGCCCCGCGGCGAGCCCGAGCCGCUGCUGCCCUUCGGCCCCUCGUCCCGCCAGCCGCUCCGCGGGCGCCUGCUGGGCCGCUGCGGCGGGGGCAGCCUGCUCAGCCCCUCCAUCAGGCCCGGCGGGGUCGACCGUGGCUCCCUCAUGAUGGGACACCCGGGCAUGCCGCAUUAUCCGCCCAUGGGGAUGCACCCUAUGGGGCAGAGACCCCCAAACAUGCCCCCAGUUCCACACAGCAUGAUGCCUCAGAUGAUGCCCCCCAUGGGAGGACCACCAAUGGGACAGAUGCCUGGGAUGAUGCAGUCAGUAAUGCCUGGAAUGAUGAUGUCCCACAUGUCCCAAGCUGCCAUGCAGCCCACAGUUCCGCCAGGGGUGAACAGUAUGGAUGCCCAAGUAGGAGUAACACCUCCUGGAACUCAGAGCUCUGUUUUGUUUCGCCCUCAGACGACACAUCCUGUAGUUUGCGCUGCCCAGCAAACGGCCACAACCAACAGUUCUGUUAGUGAAGACCACUCCAAACAGAAAUCUACGUGGACAGAACACAAAUCACCUGAUGGGAGAACAUACUACUACAACACUGAAACAAAGCAGUCAACCUGGGAGAAGCCAGAUGAUCUCAAAACACCUGCUGAGCAACUGUUGUCUAAAUGUCCCUGGAAAGAGUAUAAAUCUGAUUCUGGAAAGCCCUACUACUACAAUUCCCAAACAAAGGAAUCACGCUGGGCAAAACCCAAAGAGCUGGAGGAUCUUGAAGCAAUGAUUAAAGCUGAAGAAAACAGUGUCAAGCCUGACGACUCCACUCCAGCAACGGCUGCUUCAGCUGCUGAGGCAACAAACACAACCACCACAGCCACCACUGCUGCUGAAACAGCUGCAGCUGUGACCACCACCACUGCUGCUGCUGCAGCACCAGCAGCCUCGGAAGGGGAGUCUGCUGCAGCCUCUUCUGGGGCAGAAAAUGAGAAUUCUGGCACGGCGACAGCUGAGGAGCAGGGACAAGCAGCUUCUGCACCUGCUGGGCAGGACCAGAGUGGAGAAGCUGCAGCUAAUGCAGCAGAUGACUCUUCCAAGCAAGAGGCCUCAGGAGAUGCUGCUUCAAAGAAGGAGGACGAUGAUGCCCAACCAGUUAAAAAAACCUACACAUGGAAUACAAAGGAAGAAGCAAAGCAAGCAUUUAAAGAGCUGUUAAAAGAAAAGCGAGUACCGUCCAAUGCUUCUUGGGAGCAAGCUAUGAAAAUGAUCAUUAAUGAUCCUAGAUACAGUGCUUUGGCAAAAUUAAGUGAAAAAAAGCAAGCCUUUAAUGCUUACAAAGUUCAAACAGAGAAAGAAGAGAAAGAAGAAGCAAGAUCCAAAUACAAAGAAGCUAAGGAAUCCUUCCAGCGUUUUCUUGAAAACCAUGAGAAGAUGACAUCCACCACCAGAUACAAAAAAGCUGAACAAAUGUUUGGGGAGAUGGAAGUCUGGAAUGCGAUCUCUGAGCGUGACCGUCUUGAAAUUUAUGAAGAUGUCUUGUUUUUCCUGUCUAAGAAAGAGAAGGAACAAGCCAAACAGUUAAGGAAGAGGAACUGGGAAGCUCUGAAAAACAUACUAGAUAACAUGGCUAAUGUCACUUACUGUACUACUUGGUCAGAGGCUCAGCAGUAUCUGAUGGACAAUCCUACAUUUGCAGAAGAUGAGGAACUUCAGAACAUGGAUAAGGAGGAUGCGCUGAUCUGUUUCGAGGAACAUAUCAGGGCACUGGAAAAAGAGGAGGAAGAAGAAAAACAGAAAAGUCUGCUUAGAGAAAGGAGGCGGCAGCGCAAGAACAGAGAAUCCUUCCAGCUAUUUUUAGAUGAGCUGCAUGAGCAUGGCCAACUACAUUCCAUGUCCUCUUGGAUGGAGUUGUACCCAACCAUAAGCUCUGACAUCAGAUUCACCAACAUGCUUGGUCAACCUGUUUUUUCAUCAGGAUCAACAGCACUUGAUCUUUUCAAGUUCUAUGUUGAAGACUUGAAGGCACGUUACCAUGAUGAAAAGAAGAUAAUAAAGGAUAUCUUAAAGGAUAAAGGGUUUGUGGUGGAGGUCAAUACAUCUUUUGAAGAUUUUGUUACGGUCAUCAGUUCAACUAAAAGAGCUACUACUUUAGAUGCAGGAAAUAUCAAGCUGGCUUUCAACAGUCUGCUGGAAAAGGCAGAAGCCCGUGAGAGAGAGAGGGAAAAAGAAGAAGCUCGCAAGAUGAAGAGGAAGGAGUCUGCCUUCAAGAGCAUGUUGAAACAAGCUACUCCUCCAAUCGAGCUGGAUGCUGUCUGGGAAGAUAUCAGAGAUAGAUUUGUGAAAGAGCCAGCUUUUGAAGACAUCACUCUGGAGUCUGAAAGAAAAAGAAUAUUUAAAGAUUUCAUGCAUGUACUAGAGCACGAGUGUCAGCAUCAUCACUCCAAGAACAAGAAACAUUCUAAAAAGUCCAAAAAGCAUCACAGGAAGCGAUCGCGUUCCCGCUCGGGCUCAGAGUCCGAGGAUGAUGACAGCCAUUCCAAGAAGAAGAGGCAACGUUCAGAAUCCAGAUCAGCCUCGGAGCGUUCUUCCAGCGCAGAAUCCGAGAGAAGUUACAAGAAGUCCAAAAAGCACAAGAAAAAGAGCAAGAAGAGAAGACAUAAGUCUGAUUCACCAGAGUCAGAUGUUGAGCGAGAAAAAGACAAAAAAGAAAGAGAGAGAGAUGGUGAAAAGGACAGAGCAAGACAGAGAUCUGAAUCAAAGCAUAAAUCUCCUACUAAAAAGCGGCCUGGAAAAGAUUCUGGGGACUGGGACACCUCGGGCAGCGAGCUGAGCGAGGGGGAGUUGGAAAAGCAGAGGAGGACUCUUUUGGAACAACUGGAUGAAGAUCAAUGAGAACAUUAUUUAUACCAAAUAUGUUUACAUUGUGGCAUAAUAAAAGAAACCAAUGUCUAAUUCAG